AUGUUACGGAACAUCGUCGACAGUCCCCGAUUCCGGACGUCGUCUCUAUCUGGCGCAAUCCAGCUUGUGAAUAUACAUGAGGAGGCUGCUCAGACGAAGCCGGCAUGGCUCCAUCACGUCCACUGGUUGUCAUCUCGACUUCAAGAAACACAGUUCGACUAUUACUUGAGCUCCACGAAUGGAUCUAGUUCGACGGUCGUCCGCCGUGACCUGUUCCGUUUGUUGCCCAGGGUGCCCCCACCAUCCAGCCUGCGAUUCGCCAGCCUUAUACUCACGAAGCUACAAUUUGCGAGUGCGACAGAGCUCGCGCUGCUCGUUGACAGCUUCCCAUCCCUCCAGCUUCUCGUUUGCAACCAACUGACCUUCCUUGACCCGUCACCGGUCGUCCAAUCCCGCAGGAGUCCACGAAGACUUUCGUCACCUCUCUUCCAAUGCCAAGUAUUGCGAUGCGAGGCAAUACCGCUUUCCGCAAAAGCAGCACUUGCCUCUGAUGUCCUCUCGAUUGUCACCCGCGUCGGCCUCGAUGCCCACACAUGGAAUGCUGUUCUUCAUGCACUACUUGCAUUGGCACCCGUAACAUUUCAAGAUGUACGCGUUGAAAUCCGGCAACCGGAGGACAAAUCGCUCAAGGUGGCGAACGUUGUUCUCGGUCCAAGCGAGGACGACAUAAUCUGGUUGCGUGGCACUUAUAUAUUCGCCUCUAUUUGCGUACGCCAUGCGAGUGCAAGCCAAAGUGUUGGGCCCCCAUCCGCAUUCAUCGACUCUAUCUACCUCUUAUUUUUGUUCCCUGACGCACAGGCCAUUGAAUCCCUGCGUUUCGACGCCUUCCAUUCGAUCGUGGAUGCUCCACUCUUCGACUGUCUUCGUUUCCAGAGCGAAACACUGGAUGGCCCGGAGUUCGAGAAUUUGAAAGCGAUCCUGUGCUCCGUCUUGCAGGGGACGCAGUUGGACUGGGCUCUCAAGUCACACAAACUCAAGUUCGAGUUUCCUGGCCCCCAGGGUCUCCGUGUUCUCAACAGUCAAGACAUCCUAUCCCUGCAAGUGAACUCGGAGCACACCAUCGACGACGCCACGAUCACUCUCGACGCCGCCGAACAAGUCGAGUGGAUUAUUCGCGAUGGUCAGGGAAAGGGCGAUGAAUACCUGGAGGAGCUUGUAGCCGCGCGCGCACGCGGACCAUCUGCGGGUGCGAGUUCUGGGACGGUGGCUGGGCCAUCUGCUGGAGGGGGCCUAGAGCACGGCGGCUGAGCGGUUCGAGGUGUGUAUUAUGGUCUGUGCUCAUCUCCCCGCAGGCGGCCGAUCAGUGUUCUAUAGCGGCCGAGAUUGUCAAAGCGUAGUGGUUGAGUGGGCCAAGGACAGGGUAAGGCUGUCGGGCAGAGCAGAUACGAAGGUGGUGCGGAGGUGGUGGCUAGGACGUUGGCUCAUAUAGGAAAUUUGCCACUGGGAUAGAACUGCUUUACGAUGAUGUCUCUCAAGGAGUCAGGCUAUGUCUAUGUUUUAUAAUAAGAUGAAGAAAUGGC